AACGUACCAAACGAAAAUAGUCUUUUCUUGUGCAAAAAUGCCUUCAUCACAAAAUGGGGUUGUAUUUGAGAAUUUUUCCUGGUCAUGGUGGAGAAAUUAGGCAGAGAAGGGGUCGUGAAUGAGCCGUGUAAUGGGUUUCGGUUGUUGAUGGAUGGAGAGAAGAGUGUGAUCACAUUUGAGAGCUUGAAGAAGAACUUGGUGCUGCAAGGGUUGCAGGACAUGAGCAAUGAGGAUGUGGCGUGCAUGUUGAGAGAAGGACUGAAAGAUGUUGAACUGAUACAUAUUUCGUCCCAUUUAUAACUACAUCUUUGAAAUGCCAAUUAAGAAAAUGCUGCAGACGUUGGACAAGUGAAGGAACUAACUGUAAUUGCACCAAACCCGAAGUCCUUCUCUAGUCCGCGCUUGCACUUUGGAAUGACCUGCAAAGCCCCGAGGUGGAACUCAGGGUAGACACUCCGAUGCUUAAGUCAGCAAUAAUCGGGGUUCCCUUUAGGGCGGAGAUAAGAAAAGCUUAAGGUUGGUUUCAAUUACCUUUUGACGUGGCCCGGGGGGGUAUUUAUAGGAUUCAAUGAGGAACCCACGUGGCAUGUUAAGCAAGAUAAUCGGAGCCUGACGUGUUCAUCCAGACGAUUAUUCCGGGACCGGGAAUUUGAGAGGUAUUCAGAUGCACAAGCGUCCACCAUACUUGCUGUGCGACUCAUCACAAGGAAUCAGGUGCGGGCAUGCUUAUUGUCACUGUCAUGCAUCUAUUUGAGCGAGAGGCUUUGGGUUUAUUUCUCACUUCGGUCAUAGAGGAGUUAUUGUAGCAGUCCGAGGCUUGGCACCUCGGACCUGUCCUUACACUAACCAAUCAUUAUGCCAAAUUAAUUUCGCAUUCUAGA